UAAGGCGAAAUGCAGCGAAGAGGAGUUAGGCCAGUUUCCAUACCGCCUCCUGGACUGGUUUCUGCUCUUGAGUCGAAUGGGGAGGUCAUACACACCUGCUGCUCCAACCCAGAGCUGCCUCAGCCACGCCCAGAGGACACAGCUGGCACAGGAAAGAUUCACCUUACUGGAUAGAAACAAAGACGGCAAGUUGAGCCGCCGGGACCUGAGGAAGCUGCGUUAUAAGCGGAUGCCUCUGGAGCACUGCGCCACGCCGUUCUUUCAGUCAUGUGAUGGUGACAGUAACAGGAAGGUGACCCUGCGGGAGUGGAAAAUCUGCCUGGUGGAUCGCACAGAGGCCUGGUUUCAACAUUUCAUGUCCAUGGAAAUGGGUUCCCGGCAGCUGUGUCCUUCAAUCGGAGAAAACAACCUUUGACAUAAAGGCCGAGCGAGGACGCU